AUGGCCGACCGGGCCGAGGGGGAGGAGGAUGAGAAGCCGGUGAGGGAAGAUGACAAGGAGGGGGUGCCGGCCAGGUUCCGUAACCGUGAUCCGUUGCCUCGUAUUCUGUUGGGUCCGGCGUGUAGUGAGUUGGGUUACGUGAAUGUGUUGUUUAGAACGACGAGUCGCGAGGAGCGGGAUACGUUACGAGAGUUAGUGCGAGCGUUUGCGGCGGAAUUACGUUUGUCUCACGACGCGGAUGCGCUGGACGACGUGUAUGGGUGGUUGCAGGAUCAUUACGGUGAUGGUUCGAAGGAUGGGUUGGAGCGCACGCGUGUGCUUCGAGCUUUCUUCCCCGUUGGGAAUUCGCGCGAGGUGGCUGCGGAGUUCCGCGCGCACAGCGAUUUGAUUGCGGGUGACUACGAAGACGACCCGCUGAUGCAGGCUGUGAAGGCGGGCACCGUAUUGCGUUACUUUGCUGAUUGCGCCCGCAACCGAGAAGGUAACGGCCACAACCGAGAAGGUAGCGGCCACAACCGAGAAGGUAGCGGCGACAAGAGAGGUGACCGAGGUGGUGAGCAGAUGGAUAGAGUUCCGCAAUGGCAGUGGGUUGUGCGUGUAGAUACAAGUGUUGUGGUGAAUUUUGCAAACUUGGUGUACUACCUGCGGAGUUUGGAUAGCAAGCAGAUCGAGUUGGCGGCAGAGAACCCGUUUACGAUGCCGUUACCAGCGAAGCCGAAGUUGGAAGACUUUGCUCACCGUUCUUUCCAAUGGCUGGGGCAUGCGAUGACAGGUAUGACGGCGGUGGAAUCACAAACGCACUUCAAUUACGAGCCCUUUUAUAGGGGUGCAAGCAGUGUGUUCCCAGACUACAAUAGCGCGAAGCUAUAUAUGUUGAAUAAAGAUACCGUCACUGUACUGGCAGAUGAAUAUGUGCAUAACAACACCUACUGGAACAAUGAAGACGUCAUGGUUGGUCUUAUGGCAGAUAAUUUUAACCAUCGACUCGCCUCUCUUACCCGCGGCGGUGAUACUGACGGAGACGAUGAUGUACCCGCUGUACUCGCACCCACCGAUGUCUACGGAUUGGAAACCAGCUACUCCAGCGCCGCAGCCGUAAAACUAUGCGGACCUAAAUUCUUUGUACCUCUACGACCUGAAGAUGGCUACUCACCAGAUGCUAUUGAGGAACAUGCCAACAUAUACAAGAAAGAAGAACAUCAAAACAUCGUUUCUGACAUCACAGGAUGUGAUUGCACUAAUUGGAUCGCAUACCCACCAGCCAAAACACAAGAUACAAAAGCUCUCUACAAAUACCUACUAAACAAAUGCCCCUUCAAGGACCUCUAUUGGGACGGUGAACUCGAAUGGCUCUAA